AUGAAAAGAAGACACGCGAUGGAAAGCGUAAAUAUUUACAUUUCUUGAGUGUUUGUGAGAAUAAUUUUUAUUUAUAAUCAUGAUAGACGGAAACAUUUCUAUGGAGGAAGACACAGAAUUACGGGAUUUAGUGGUGCAAACCCUUGAAAAUAAUGGUGUUCUUGCAAAAGUGCGGGCAGAACUCAGGGCAAGUGUGUUUUUAGCUCUAGAAGAACAAGAAUCUGUAAUGAAUCCAGAACCACUUCUUAAUAAAACCGUUAAACAGUACCUGGCUAAUUCAGAAGGAAAAUUAUUGUUUUCCUUGGUUAGGGAGUUCCUAGAAUAUUUUGGUCUUGAUUAUACAAUAUCUGUAUAUGAUCCAGAAACAUACUUUGGAAAAGAAUAUAACUAUAUUGGAAGAAAUAAAUUAUGCGAAGAGUUAGGUAUUGAAUCCAAUGAGCCAUUGCUUGGAGAAAUUUUAAAAAAUAGCAUGCACAGUGCCUUCAAAAAUACACAAAAGAAUAACAUUGACAAAAAAUUUAGUAAAACUGAUACAACUGAAACAAAUAUUACAAAUACAACAUUUGAAAUUUCCAUUCCAAAAGUAUUAAACAAUGAAUCUACAUCAUUGUCAAAUGAUAAUGAUGUAUCGGAUAAUUUAGAAAGUGUUUCACAACAAAGUCCAAAACUUCCAAUAAAUGUGACAAUAACUGAAAAAAAAAAUAAAGAAACAUCUGUUCAUGUUUCAUUAGAUGAAUUAAAUUAUGAAAAGCAAGAUUCUCUCAAAAAUAGUACAACUUCUGAAUAUAAUGAAGAAAACAAUGGAAUUGAUAGCAAAGGGAACAAUAGUAUGAAUUUUGAUACACUCCCUACAAGUCCAAAUGGCACAAUGAUGAAUCAUACUACAAAGGAGACUGAGAUAGAUACACACAUUCAAACAAGUUUACUAAAUAAAACCGAGCCUUUAAUUAAGUUUGAUGAAUCUAUAAUUACUGAAAUGCAAACAAAUCAAAAUGAAGAUAUAAAUAAGCAAAAUAAUAUAAAUAGUUUGGAAUUACAAAUAGUAAAUAAUGUACAAAACAAAAAACCAGUUAAUACUGGAAACAGUUUUGGAAAAACUGUAUACUUUGAAGAAAUUAUUGUUGAUGGAAAAAGAGAAAAUAUUAAUGAUAUACAUAAUAAUGACACCUUUUUACAAGAUUUACCACCUUUAGAUAAAAAAUCACAUUCUAUACUUAGCAAUCUCCCACCAUUAAAUGGUAAAAAAACUAAUAUUAAUGAUUUGAAAGAAUUAAUGGAUAUUGGACUUGGAACUGAUGGAAUAGAUAAUUAUGAAGAAGAUUUUGUCUCAUCUGCAUCUGGUAGUACAUAUGAUCAAAGUCCUUCUAAGGAUCCUCAAAAAUCAAAUAGUCCAAAAUUACAAAUAAAAAAACAAGAUAAAAUUCAUAAUGUUCAUAGUGCUCAUAGUGAAGAUAUAAGUGAAGAAAUUGAAGAUGUGGAUGAUAUAUUAAGCAGUACAUCAUGUCUUGAAGAUCUAAACAUAGACAAAAAUAUGUCAAAUUUUUCAACGGGUAUUACAACAAAUUGUGCAAAGGAACUAUAAUGCACUACACAUACUAAAGAACUACUGUAAGAACUUUAAAAUAUUAAUUCAUUUAUAGCAUUAAUAUUCAAUAUUCUAUGUCAGGGCAUCAAGUAUAUUAAUGCGAAUUGGUAUAAAUUUAUAAAAUUAUUUUGAUUUCUAACGUGGCACUGCCAUUUAUGGCUCAAUACUUAUAAGUUCUCUUACAAAAAAACGUAGAAGGAAACUGUCUGAAAAUAUAUUUAUAAAUAUUAUACUUUCAAUACUUUAUAAUUUUUUUUGUCAAAAAAUAUUUUUAUAAAUAAUGAACUUUAUUUUAUUUU